GGUGUCUUCUCAGCUAUAAACCAGGGCGAGUCCUGCUUAGCUUCUGAGAUCAGGCUAGCCUGGGCCAUUGAGGUCAGGGCCUUCCUCUUAUUUUGUGUAUACAUACUUCUGUUUAGCUGCUUUCGUGCUUCCGAUGAAGUGAGUGAGCUGAGGUUUAUGAAAGCUUAUGCUGAGAUCAAUUUUGUUAGUUGUAAAGGGGCCCCUCGUGUCCUGUUUUAUUCAGUGGUGCAGAGGACUGAUUGGCAAAGUCUCUGAAAAUAAGGUUUCUGCAGAAAUUAAAAGCUGUGCGUCUGCUGAAUGUUUGCCUGUCAUGUAGCUGUGAAAGGCACAGGUACCCUGCUAGGGAACAAAAUUGUGUCAGCCCUAGAGGAUCUGAAGAAAGUACUAUAAAGUUGUCGAAUGAGUCUUUUGCUAAGCAAGAUGAUGUACCAUAGCCCUAAUGAAUGGGAAAGUAUACCUUCAAAGACGCCAUCUCUGUUUGCAAAUCUGAUUGCUGAGUGUACAGUGCUACAACAGGUGAAACUGCUUUCAUGGAUAUCCUCAAUUUCUGUGCUAAUAAUUACCUUGGACUCUCCAGUCACCCUGAAGUGAUCAACGCUGGACUGGAUACCCUGGAGAAAUAUGGAGCUGGCCUUAGUUCCGUCCGCUUCAUCUGUGGAACACAAAAUAUACAUAAGGACCUGGAGGAGAAGAUUGCUCAUUUCCAUCGGAGAGAAGAUGCCAUCCUCUAUGCCAGCUGCUUUGAUGCCAAUGCUGGAAUCUUUGAGGCCCUGCUGACCCCAGAGGAUGCCGUUCUUUCUGAUGAGCUGAAUCAUGCCUCCAUCAUUGAUGGGAUCCGGCUCUGUAAGGCCAAUAAAUAUCGCUACAAGCACAUGGACAUGCAAGAUCUAGAAAGCAAGCUGCAGGAUGCACAAAAAUAUCGCCUGAGGUUGGUGGCCACUGAUGGUGCUUUCUCCAUGGAUGGUGACAUUGCCCCCUUGAAGGAAAUCUGUAACCUGUCCCAGAAAUACAAUGCCAUUGUUUUCGUUGAUGAAUGUCAUGCCACCGGAUUCCUUGGGCCCAAUGGAAGGGGCACUGAUGAGCUCUUGGGUGUGAUGGACCAAGUCGCUAUAAUCAACUCAACCCUGGGGAAGGCACUCGGGGGAGCAGCAGGUGGCUACACAACUGGCCCCAAAGCGUUAAUUGACCUCCUGCGCCAGCGUUCUCGCCCUUACCUCUUCUCCAAUAGCUUGCCUCCUGCUGUUGUGGGCUGUGCUUCCAAAGCUCUGGAUCUGCUUAUGGAGAACAAUGCCAUUGCACAGUCCAUGGCUGCCAAGACUACACGGUUCCGAAGCAAGAUGGCUGCAGCUGGAUUUACCAUUUCAGGAAACAAUCACCCAAUUUGUCCUGUGAUGUUGGGGGAUGCCCGGCUAGCUUCACUGAUGGCUGAUGACAUGCUGAAGAAAGGCAUCUAUGUCAUCGGCUUCAGCUACCCUGUAGUGCCCAAGGGGAAGGCACGCAUUCGUGUACAGAUCUCAGCUGUUCACAGUGAAGAAGAUAUUGAUCGGUGUGUGGAGACCUUUAUUGAAGUGGGCCGUAAACAUGGGGCCUUGCCCUGAAUGGCUGGAGAAUACUAGGCUUUUCUUUCAAACCCUAAGGCUGGAAACUGUUUUCUUUUUCCUCAGAAGAGAAGGCAGUUUGAAAUGGGGAUCACUGCUCAUGUGGGUUCACUUACCUCAUUUUCAUCUCUAGUAUUUCCAAAAGCUCAUUGAGCCUGAUGUGUCGGCCGCACAAGAGAAAUGUACAUACACUAUGGGAAGUGAUGCAUCAGACUACUCUCUGCCCCUUUUUUAAAAAAAAUGCCUGUCUUCAGUGUGUAGGCAUUCUACCUCUACUCAGGAAGGACCAUGUCUGGAAGACCGAAUAAUAAUAAAGGCAGUUUUGAGGC